CGCAAGAAACAACACCAGCCGUCGCAAUCCACGCGACAUGGGAUUUGAUCUUCUCACGUUUAUAAUAUAAUAUUACUCCACCGCUACUCCCUCUUAUCUACUGCUUUUACAAUAUACCUCUAAGCGUGACACCGAACCCAAAGGGAAGAGAGAAAACAAUGCCCGAACGGGUCCGCACCGUCUUCGACGACGAGGACAACGCUAUUACCGCCAGCAAAUCUACUCCUUCAAAUGCAGACUCAAACGGAACGGCAGAUCAAAUACACACAGAAACCGCCCGAACGAAACGGAAGGGAACCGGGACCGACGGCGACGAUGGAUCGAAGAAGCAGAAGAAGAACAAGAAGCGGAAGGUUGUGAAAGAGGGCGAAGAAGGUUCGGGCUCCCUUGCGGCGGCAGAGUCUAAGGGAGAGACGAACGGUACGGUAAACGCAGAAGAGGAUAAACCUGCAAUCCGGACGAAGAAGCCAGAGAAGAAGCACGCGCAGAAGGACAAGCAGGAUGAGACUGCCCUUGAGGAGGGUGGCAAGUCACCCCUUCACCACCGCAACAACAACAGCAAGAAUAACUCGAGAGCGGCGGGCACAACGAAAUCUGGACUGGGCGGUGGGAAGCCGAAAGGCAACUACGGUCCGCUGCGCGAGAAGGCGCAGGCGCUCUACCAGCUGCGCAAGAAAUUGCCGAUUUUCCCGCAUGCGGACGAGAUCCGGGCGCAUUUGCGUCGGAACGAUGUGAUGCUGUUGAUUGGAGAGACGGGUAGCGGUAAGAGUACGCAAAUUCCGCAAUUCCUGGUGACGGAGAAGUGGUGUCGGUCGGUGAAGGCGAGGGUUGCUGAGGAUGAUGGGUCCGGGACGAACAACAAGAAGCAGAAAGAGGUGCAGGUCGGCGGGUGCAUCGCCAUCACGCAGCCGAGAAGGGUGGCUGCAAUCUCGUUGGCGAGGCGUGUCGCCGAUGAGAUGGGCACGCCGCUGGGGAAUUCCUCCCCGGCGAGUAGGGUCGGUUACUCGGUGCGAUUCGAUACGUCGACAUCGCCGAGUACGCAGGUCAAGUUUCUCACGGAGGGAAUGCUGCUUCAGGAGAUGCUGCAUGAUCCGUGGUUGACCAAGUAUAGUGCCAUUGUGGUGGAUGAGGUGCACGAGCGCGGUAUCAAUGUUGAUCAGGUGCUUGGGUUCCUGAGGAAUAUGGUAUCGGGAAAGCUCGAGGGCCGAGGCGGGGUGCCUUUGAAGGUCGUGGUUAUGAGUGCUACGGUCGAUAUGGAGAGCCUCAUGGGCUUCUUCAAGGAGGGAUUGAAGCCUCGGCGUGCUAUUGAAGGAGCUACGGAGGAAAGUAAGGGCGCGGACAGCCCGUCAAAGGACACGAAAGAGGAUGAGGGCAUUGCUGCAUGCCAUAUCAAGGGUCGUCAGUUCCCAGUCAAGGUCAUCUACUCCCCCGAGCCUGUGCAUGAUUUCAUCGACGCAGCGCUCAAGGUGAUCUUCAACAUUCAUUACAAAGAGCCUCUGCCGGGUGACAUCCUUGUGUUCUUGACUGGCCAGGAAACGGUGGAGGCACUCGAGAAUCUUGUGAAUGAGUAUGCUGUGGGGAUGGACCCUGCUCUGCCCAAAAUCCAGGUCCUGCCGCUCUUCGCAGCCCUACCUCAAGCUGCCCAGCAACGAGUCUUCCUUCCUGCACCACCACGAACUCGCAAGAUCAUCUUGGCCACGAACAUUGCCGAAACCUCCGUCACAGUGUCUGGAGUGCGGCACGUGGUUGACUGCGGCAAGGCCAAGGUCAAGCAAUUUCGCUCGCGUCUUGGUUUGGAUUCUCUGCUAGUCAAGCCAAUCUCUAAGUCUGCGGCGAUUCAGCGUAAGGGUCGUGCCGGUCGUGAAGCGCCCGGUUCGUGUUACCGUCUCUAUACUGAGAAGGAUUACCUGGCUUUGGAUGAAACCAACACUCCCGAGAUUCUCCGUUGUGAUCUGAGUCAAGCGUUGCUCAACAUGAAGGCUCGCGGCGUCGACGAUAUUAUGGGAUUCCCAUUUUUGACGCGACCUCCACGGGAGGCUUUGGAGAAGGCACUUUUGCAACUGCUGAGCAUUGAUGCUUUGGAAGAAACCGGCAAGAUUAGCUCAAUCGGGAGACACAUCGCCAAGCUUCCUCUAACGCCGACACUCGGUCGAGUGCUGCUGGCUGCUUCAGAGUUUGGGACGGAUUGUCUAUUAGAUGUCAUCGAUAUCAUUUCGUGUCUCAGUGUUGAGAAUAUCUUCCUCAAUACGACCUCGGAAGAAAAGAAGGAAGAGGCGGAGGUUGCGCGACGGGAUCUGUAUCGGAGAGAGGGCGAUCAUCUCACCAUGUUGGCUACAGUACAAGCUUACGCCGCCGAGAAUACGGAUCGCAAAGCAUGGGCUGAGAGACAUCUCGUCUCCCACCGUGCCAUGCAAUCUGUUAUGGAUGUUCGCAAGCAACUUACUGCCCAGUGCCGACAAGCCAAGCUUCUCGCCAAUGAUACCCGGGGCUCUGCAACCACGAACAACUCCUCCUCCCCAAUGUUCAUUCUAAAGAGUUUCCUUCGAGGAUUCGCUACGAACACGGCGCGCCUCGUACCGGAUGGCAGCUAUCGUACGGUAGUGGGGAACCAAACGGUGGCAAUCCACCCGUCGAGCGUGUUGUUCGGCAAGAAGGUGGAGGCAAUCCUGUAUAACGAGUUCGUUUUUACGAACCGUAGUUACGCGCGUGGGGUGAGCGCCGUGCAGAUGGAUUGGGUCGGAGAAGCAUUGUCUGGGUAGAUUUCCUUGGUCCAAACAUCUGUGCUUGCGCUUCCUUUGCCUAGUCUGCAGCCCCACCUGUAAAUAGAUAGAUGAUUAGAUGGCUGCCAGUCCCGAGAGCGCAACCUCAUAAUACCCACCUUACCAGAUGAAUGAGUCUGAAUUCACGUAGAUAGUGGGGGGAGGGGUC